AUGUAAAUCGUGUUUGACAGGGCCCCAUGACCAUGAGUGCAAUGAACUGUUUGUGGAUUCAGUUGAAAUAAUGUCGACACAUGUCUCUCUAUUGCAGGUGUGUGACGCCGACUGCCGGGUCAUGAGCAUCGACCCACGGUAUCCUGGGUCGGUGCACGACUCCUUCGUGUGGCGCUACUCGUGGCUCCGGAGCAACUUCGAGCAAGGCCGGCUGGUAGACGAUGGCAGGUUUCUGCUCGGUGACAGCGGCUAUGCCUUGGAGCCUUGGCUCAUCACCCCUGUCCCUGGAUUCCACGCGACCUCCACCGCAUGCGGCCGGUUUAAUAAGACACAUUCUUCGAUGAGGUCCGUUGUGGAGCGCUGCAUUGGGCUGUUGAAGAGCAGAUUCCGGUGUCUGCAAAGGCACCGGGCUCUGUUUUAUCAUCCCACAACAGCCACCGUCAUUAUAUCGGCGUGUGCAGUGCUCCACAAUAUCUGCCUUUCAUCGAAUGAGCCAGAACCGGAGCCAGACUCUGACCCUGACGAGCCAGGGUUGGAGUCUGGGUCGAGCUCGGACGGUUCUGAGUCGAGCUCGGAGGGGUCAGCGGCGGAUGACGAGAGGCCGGCUCCUGCCCACCCUCGGGUCAGCCUUUCGGACAGGGGGAGGGCUCUGAGGCAGUGCCUUGUUGCCCAGUUCCAAACCUGCCACAGCCGUGCCGCUCCGGAGCCCCACGCAAGCCACGGUGGCAGUCCCGCCCACCAGGGACACCACCAGCGCCAAGGAGUCCGUCGCCACAACGGAAGUCCUGCCCAUCAGGGACACCGUCGGCGGCAGGGAGCCCCUCAUCGUCCUCGCCACGGUGGCACUCCCGCACACCAGGGACGCCACCGGCGACAGCGAACCCUUCGUCGUCCUCGCCUCAACUGACGCCCUCGCCACCAGAGAAGCCCUCCCCGUGGCAGUA